ACUCAGAGCUCUCAUGCCUUCUCGAAAGGUAACUCACACUCUAUUAUAUUAGCCUUUUCAAUGGCCUUCCAUACUCUUUUCCCCGCUUCCUCCCCAUCCCAAUCUACAGCACACACUGCGGCACAGAUCAACUUUCCAAAGCUACGCAGUCCACGUCCCUCUUCAAACUCCCCCGUGGGCUUCCUAGGAGGAGCGAGUUGUGCCACAUGGGUUCAACCGAAGAGGGGGCCCCACGUCUGGCUACGAGGGAGGGUGGCCGACUGGGCCCGGAAGGAAGCGAGAAGGUCGAGCCGAGACGGGAAUGAAAACGAAAUUGAAAAUUAAAUCCCCGGCCCGGGACAAGGGCCAUCUGGCGAUCGGCGGUGGGACUGGGCUGGGACUCCCCCGGUGAACGGCGAUGUCUUCGAGAAAGUUUCCACUCGCGCAACGGGCCGGACCCGGCCCUGCCCCCUGCCCCCGGCCCUGAGGGAGAGAGGCGGAAGCGGCGUGGAGACCGGGAAGCGGGCCGGAAGACGACGCCACCGAGCCGCCCGGAUCCCGACGGCCAGCCCGGGGUUCGCCGGCAGAGCACAGAUUCCAUCCAGGUGAGACCCAAACCCAAGAAGACCCACUGAGACCAGAGUGGAGAUUCCCACCGCCCGGAAGAAGCCUCAGGUGGCCCCCGGGCUCUUGGCAGGCAGUGCUGGGACCUGACCCGAGAGAUGGCCGUGGGCGCCCCGGGCAUCCUGGACCUCCUGUGCCGAAUGCAGAAAGAGCAGCUCCUGAACCUCAAGUCCAUAUCGCUGAGCCUCGGCCAACCUGCCGGCCACCUCCUGCAAGUGGGGGUCCUGCUGGCCCUGGGCCAGGACAUGGAGGCCCGGAUCGCCCUGGAGGCCCUGCGAGAGGACCGGACGGCCCUGGCCGUGGCCACGGCCUGGGUCAACGGGGAGGACGUCUCGGCCCCAGAGGACGAGGUGGAUGUACAGUUGGCCGUGGCAUCCAUCUACCGGCUGCUGGCAGAGGAGCAUCUGUGCGGAAAGGCUGGGCGGGAUUCCUUCCGGGCCCGGAGUUGGGUCAGGGGUAAGGCCCAACAUGCACACGACCCCGGUUUCAAUCCCGAGGAACCCGGGGGCUUCGAACUGCUAAAGUCAGAUGUGGGCGAUUCCCAGGUCCUCCCCUUUAGGGAGAGAAGCUCCCCCCGGAGUAUACCGGGCGUUCAGCCGGGGAGGGGGACAGCCGACGCGUCCCCCCGGACCCUGCGUUCCUUGGGCACCCCCGCCUCCUUCAUUGGCAGCCUGGAGAUCAGCCAGUCACCCACCGUGCCCUACUUCUCCACGCCGCCUCGGCAGGCGCCCCCCCGGCAGCCCAGCAAGCUGUGUGACGGCCCCGUGGCCGGCUCGAAUCAGGUCCCCGAGGGCGGGGCCCGGCGAGAGCCGGAGGGGACGAACCGGCCGCCCGAGGGCCCUCCGCCCGCUAAGCCGAGCCUUCCAGACCCCCGGACUCUUCCCCCGGGCGCCGCCUCUGGCCCCCGGUGCCCAGCUGCGGAAAGGAGGCGGCCGACCCCUGGCACCGGGGCCGCGGGGGACCUCGAGCUCUCGGGGGAGGACCUCCCCCGGCACCAGCUCGCCUCAACCCCCGGCCCCGUCGGACCGUCUCCCCUUUCUCCUCCCGCGUCGCUCCCGCCCUCGUCCCCCAGCGCACCCGAUCCUUCCCCCUUGCUUCCGCCCUCGCUUUCUGGCCCGCUCCCCGCCGUGGACCCUCGCCCCUCCAGCCUCCCCGGGGACGGAGAGCGGCGCUUCUUCAGCUUCGUGGUCCUGCACGCCCCCGGCGACGAGGCCAUCGCCCUGCGGGUGCAGGCCAAGUUAGAGCGGUUGGGGGUGCCCGACGGAGCCACCUUCUGCGAGGACUUCCUCCAGCCCGGGAAGCUGGAGCUGAGCUGCCUGCAGGAGGCCAUCGACCACUCGGCCUUCACCGUCCUGCUGCUGACCGACAACUACAACUGCCGGCAGAGCCUGUUCCAGGUGCACACGGCCCUGCACCACUCCAUCAGCCGCCGGGACAAGCGGGACUCGGUGGUGCCUUUCCUGCCCAGGGAGAGCCAGCGCCGAGGAUCCGAGGUCCUGGCCCUGUUAUCGGGCCUGGUGCCCCUGGAUGAGCGCUCACCGGUCUUCCAGCGGAAGGUGACCCGUACCUUCACGGCGCAGAGGCUGCGAGAGCAGAGGAAGAUCUGGAGCCAGGAGCAGGCCAUCCGGGUCCUCCAGGAGAGGAGCCUCCGGCUGGAAGAAGAGCGGAGGCGGGAGGCCCAGAGGCGGGAGGCCGAGGACGGGUACCUCCGCCAGCGCUCGCUGCGGGAACGGGUGGCUGGCAUGAGCCUGGAGCCCCAGCUGAAUCCCAGCCUGGCUGCCCCGGCCACCCCGGCCGCCCCACCCGGACAUCCUCCGGUCCAGCCGUUCGUCCCCCAGGAGCCGGGGGCCACUCAGCCCCUCAUCAUCCACAACGCCCAGAUGGUGCAGCUCGGCCUCCACAACUACAUGUGGGGGCGUGGGGGCCCCAAGGAGGAGGGACCCUGGGGGGGCCUGGCCGAGGGGCAGGGGGAGGAGUCGGGGGACGGGCCUGCCGGACGCCCCGCUGGACCGGCUCGGGACUUGGUCUAG